CUGAGACAGCAGAAGGUGCUGCUGUUCUCCCACUGACAGAACACCAAAGAUUCAAGAAUCCCUAAAAUUAACACUGAGGAGGCUCCUCAGAAGGACACAGGGAGGAAAGAGAAGACUGAGAGAGAAGAUUACUUUGCUUUUUUUAUAUAUAUAUAUUAUUAUUGCUCUUCAGUAUUUUCUGCAAUGUCCCUGGAAGGUGAUGUUUGUGUGGUGACGGGAGCCUGUGGAUUCCUGGGGAGGAGGCUGGUCAGGCUGCUGCUGGAGGAAGAGAAAGUGGCCGAGAUCCGUCUGCUGGACAGAGACGUGCAGCUGCAGGUUUUACAGAGUCUGGAGGACUGCAGAGGGGAGACGAUACUGAGCGUGUUUGAGGGGGACAUCAGAGAUGUGGAUUUCUUGAGAAAAGCCUUACGUGGCGCCACCACUGUCUUCCACAUCGCUUCCCUCAUCGACGUUACAGAAUCAGUGGAGUACAGUGAGAUGUACGGCGUCAACGUCAAAGGAACUCAGCUGCUUUUGGAGGUGUGCAUCCAAGAGAACGUGGCAUCCUUCAUCUACACCAGCACGGUGGAAGUGAUGGGGCCAAACCCCAGAGGGGAGCCCAUAGUGAACGGCACCGAGGACACGGUUUAUAACACCACUCUCAAGUUCAGCUACAGCAAGACGAAAAAGGAGGCCGAGCAGAGAACGCUUCAGGCUAACGGUGAGACGCUCCAAAACGGAGGGCGACUAUCCACGUGCGCCCUCAGGCCUACGUACAUCUACGGCGAUGGCUGCCGUUUCCUGCUGUAUCACAUGGGCGACGGGAUACGAAACAAGAACACCCUCUUUCGGAUGUCUCUACCAGAAGCCCACGUGAAUCCGGUCUACGUGGGCAACGUGGCCUUCGCUCACCUCCAGGCGGCCCGUAGCCUUAAAGACCCACAAAAAAGAGACCUCGUCGGAGGGAGAUUCUACUUCCUCUCUGAUGACACCCCACCUAUGAGCUAUUCGGACUUCAACUACGUUCUGAUGUCCCCCCUCGGCUUCAGCAUUCAGGACAAACUCCUGCUGCCCCUCUCCAUCUUCUACGUCUUGUGUUUCCUCCUGGAGGCAAUCUGCGCCAUACUCCGACCGCUGGUUCGCAUCGUGCCGCCAGUAAACCGGCAGCUGCUCACCCUGUUGAACACCACCUUUACCUUCUCCUAUCAGAAAGCCAAGAAGGACCUGGGGUACGCCCCCCGCUACAGCUGGGAGGAAGCACGCAAGCGCACCACUGAGUGGCUCGCUUCGCAGCUGCCUGCCGAGAGGGAAAAAAUCUUGUCCAGUUAAUCACUUACAGUCGUAAGACAGGGAAUAAAAUGCGCCAGAGUUACAUGCAUUUCAUGCAGCGGCUGAAAGCGCCGAGUGAAGGAGUCGUUCAAAAACAAUGAAUUACAUCUGGCUUAUUUUCAAUAAGCA